AUGGCGCCAACGUUCUACGACCCCCAGUCCCCCGACGAAGAGCCCGUACCUCUUCCAUCUGGUCCAAGGAUCGUCAUAGAUGCAAACACCGUCCUCCAAUUUCCACUUUCACGUAAAGGAAAGGGCCCGGGUGUUGUUCUGUUCCUCCCAAGCACUGAUCAUCUCGUGUUGAGCACGACCAAUACCAAACGUCUCGACCCAGAACCAACAACCAAGUGGGCGGAGGAAGGCUUCGGGGUUAUGGCUAUUACGGGUUCAGAGGGGCUUGUGGUGGAGCGGCGUCUGAAGGAAGGUCUGAAUGCAUUGCAGAAUACUUCCCAUGUCGACUUCAAAGACAAGUUCGCCGUGAUAGUCUAUGACUCCAAACUCGUCUCGGCUGUGUCUAAAGCUGUGUCCCAGGAGCCCCGCGUCGUAGCAUUUGUCGGAUACGGCUCGUUCGCGUCUCCCUCGUGCACUCUACCAAUUCUCUUGCACCUGACUGCAAACGCACCAAGACCGGCCCACCGUCCAAGCGAGGCCACCACGAUCCAUAGCUACAGCACCACUUCCACCGCUUUCCUUCUGCCACAAACUGCCAAAUACGAUCCGACUAGUGCAGCCCUUGCUCACAGUCGAACUCUCGUCUUCCUCCGCAAGUGGCUAGGAGGCCCAGUCUUCGAUCUCGAAGCCAUUUGGAACGAACACUGCUAUUAUGAAUUUGAAGCGAGGAGUGUUGCAAAGACGAUGGGAACGAUGGUCGCUGAGCCAUACGUGAACCACGUCCCCACUAUGACUGGUGGAGUAGGUCGGGAGAAUCUGACCAAGUUUUACAGAGAUCAUUUCAUCUUCUCAAAUCCUGCGGACGCGCGUCUUGAAACCGUAUCCCGUACGAUUGGCCCAGAUCGUGUCGUUGAUGAAUUCGUGUACCACAUUACCCACGACCGCGUUGUUGACUGGCUUCUACCUGGGGUUCCACCCAGCGGGAAGAAGCUCUCCAUUCCCAUGAUGGCAGUCGUCAACAUUCGCGGAGACAGGUUGUACAAUGAACAUAUCUGGUGGGAUCAGGCAACGGCGCUUCGACAGGCUGGUAUCUUGCCUACUCAUCUUCUGGGACCCGACGGUACCAUGCUUCGCCUUCCCGUCGCAGGGGUGGAAAGUGCCCAUAUGCUCAUCGACGAGUCGAAGGGGGCGAGCAACGAAAUGCUAACGCCGGAAUGGGCGUUGGGCAGCCAGGAAGCAAAAUGA